AGCAUAUGAAAAAUAAAGAGAAAAUAAAAAGAUCCAAAAAAAAACAAAAUUGCGAGUUUGGUUCCUCCUUCAAAACGGGAUGUCGCGGUUGAGCCGUUACUGUGGAUUUUGAUAGCGCAGCCGGUCGCCGGAGAAGAGCUUUCGAUCGGAAUCAAUGGAGGUCCUUCCCAUUUCAAUUGAUGCUUAUAGAUUAGGGUUCAUCGGAGCUGGAAAAAUGGCCGAGAGUAUAGCCAAAGGAAUUGUCCAAUCUGGUCUUUUACCUCCUUCUCGUAUCUCCACGGCUGUUCAUUCCAACCCUAGUCGCCGCAUUGCCUUCGAAUCCUUCGGUGUUCAAGUCCUCCCCAAGAACGACAACGUGGUUGAAGAAAGUGAUGUGGUCAUUUUAUCUGUUAAGCCUCAAGUUGUUAAGAAUGUGGUGUUGAAGUUGAGGCCUCUACUCUCAGGGAAGAAGCUUUUGGUUUCGGUUGCUGCUGGGGUAAAACUGAAAGAUCUGCAGGAUUGGGCAGGUCAUAACCGGUUCAUUAGAGUUAUGCCAAAUACUCCCGCGGCGGUUGGUGAGGCUGCAUCAGUCAUGAGCUUGGGAGAAGGUGCAAUAAAGGAGGAUGGACAACUAGUAGCUAAAUUAUUUGGAUCUGUGGGUAAGAUAUGGGAAGCUGAUGAGAAAUUUUUUGAUGCAAUCACUGGUCUGAGUGGAAGUGGGCCAGCAUACAUAUUCCUAGCAAUUGAAGCUUUGGCAGACGGAGGCGUUGCUGCAGGUCUACCACGAGAACUUGCAAUGGGUCUAGCUUCUCAAACUGUGUUAGGUGCAGCCUCCAUGGUCACUAAAACUGGAAAGCAUCCAGGGCAGCUCAAGGAUGAUGUUACAUCACCUGGUGGGACUACCAUUGCUGGUAUACAUGAACUAGAGAAGGGAGGACUCCGUGGUAUGUUUAUGAAUGCUGUCGUCGCUGCUGCUAAGCGUAGUCAAGAUCUUUCUCCGAAGUAGUGGGAAGAUUUAACUUCCUAGUAAAGGUUAAUAGGUAAUUUAUUUUCUCUCAAGUCUUGAAAAGAAAAGUAGAGUCCUGAAAGCUUUAGAAUUAUUGUUUAAUUGGGGAAAUUAGCACUCUCCUUAACAAUAUGGAUGAAGAACAUAAUCCCCCACUCUUUUAAGCUAUUUUGAAGAAACUUCUUAGUAUGGUUAGGCCACUUGUAAUUUUUUUUUUUUUUUUUUUUUUUUUUUAACU